AUGUCUGAUGAAAAUUCCGAAAAUCUGAUCGAAGAAAUUGAGAGUGAUGUGAGUUUUGUUUUUUAGUUGCAUAUAUGACACAUGUUUAAUCAAAUUUAUUAAGGUUCCGCAGUACUAUAAUAAGACUUUGAGACUGAUGAAGAUUUCAGCUGGAUUAGUAACAAGUGAAAAUCAAGUUAAAGAAAGUUAUCGGUUUUUGAACUCAAAUCCAAUAUGGAUAUCAUUUCCAUUUUUCAUUUGUAUAAUAGCAAUCUCUCAGGUGAAAAAUGCAGACAUUUGAACAAAAAACAAAAAUGACGAACUAUUCCAGGUGUUUAUUUUCAUCAUACUUUCAAUCAAAUCUGGAACAAUGAAUAAUAUAUGUAUUGUCAAUUCCCAAGUGUAUUUCGACUCUUACCCAUCGUUGUUUUUACCGUUCACGUUACUUCACGACGACUUCUUCCAUCUCAUGAAAACACUCAUUAUUUUGACAGUUUUUGGAAUGCCACAGGAAAUAGUUUUUGGUGGAAAAGUAAUUGGAUCUCUCUUUAUUGUUGGAUUGAUAACAACGACAGUUUUCAUGCAAGCUUUCUUCCCAAAAUUGGCGCUUUGUGGUGCAUCCGGUGGUAUAUACACUAUUAUCUUCUUCCAACUCGUCAAUUGGAUCCUUGUAUGUACACAAAAUGUUAUAAGAACAAAAAAAUGAAAUAAGUGUAUUAUUUUUUCAGAAUCGAAACGAAAUGCCAUAUGCGAAAUUUCAGAUACGGUUCAUUGGAGUAAUAAUGUUGUAUGACGUAGCCAAGUUAUUUAUAUACAUUUUUGCUAGUGGAAACUUUGUUGACCAUAUGUUGAAAUAUAUCAUUGAUCGUGGAAAUACAUUUAUUAUUGCUACAUUAUUCGGAUACAUUUUUGUUCAUCAUAAUAAUGUAAAUUAUGAUACAAAAAUGUUAAUUAUUUUUUACUUUUUUUCAGGAGAAGAAAAGACGACAAAUGGCUUUCAUAUAUGCAUUUUCUUAUUUUCUUCUUUUCGGUUUGGCUGCUAGUUUUCUGGCCGUUCAUAUCAAAGAAUCAGAAGUUCAGCAUUUUAAUUAA